UUGAUCACAAGGCAGCACACAGCCACAGAGGCAGGCUGGAACUGACUGGGAGAUACAGGAAGAGAUUUGUGUGGAUCAGCAAACAACCCAGUCUUUUAAACACACCUGUCUCUACAGACCCACUCUGGGUCAGUUCACCAUGGAGCGUACACCCAGGGGCACAGACAGAAAAUCAACAGAGUCCAGGGACAGACAGACGGAAGGACAUUAAAGGAUUUGUAGCGUGCAUUUGUCAGACUUUUACAACCCUGGCCACUCUCCCUCCUUUCCCCACCAUGGACGGCACAGCUGUGUGCUGGAGCAAGGCUAGUGUCAUCGGCUUCAUCAAGGGCCUGGCGUCUCCAGUGGGAACCGGAUACAGUAAGCCACCCAUCCCUCCAGUGCUGAGUCCCCAAGGAGACAAGGGUCCUCCAGCCUUGAUGCCCAUUAGCAUCGACCCGGAGAGCCGGCCUGGGGAGUAUGUCCUCAAGAGCCUGUUCGUAAACUUCACCACGCUGUCCGAGCGCAAGAUACGUAUCAUCAUGGCCGAGCCGCUGGAGAAACCAUUGAUCAAGUCUUUGCAGAGGGGUGAGGAUCCUCAGUUUGACCAGGUGAUAACUGCUAUGAGUUCUCUGGCGGAGUACUGCCUCCCGUCCAUUCUGAGGACACUGUUUGACUGGUACAGAAGACAGAACGGUCUAGAGGAGCCAGAGUCACACGAAUACAGACCCAGAGCCAACACCAAGUCAAAAAAUGAUGAACAGCACAGAGAUUUUCUACUUGAAAGGAGGGAUCUGGCAAUCGACUUCAUCUUCUCCCUCGUACUUAUAGAAGUUUUAAAACAGAUGCCGCUCCACCCUGUCCUGGACUGUUUGGUCAGUGAAGUCAUUAACUUGGCCUUUAAGCACUUUAGAUACAAAGAAGGGUAUCAUGGUCCUAACACUGGUAACAUGCACAUUGUAGCAGACCUCUAUGCAGAAGUCAUAGGAGUUUUAGCCCAGGCCAAAUUUCCCGCUGUGAAGAAAAAAUUUCUGUUUGAGCUGAAGGAGCUGAGACAGAAGGAGCAGAGUCCCUACGUGGUCCAGAGCACCAUCAGCCUCAUCAUGGGUGUCAAGUUCUUCCGCAUCAAGAUGUAUCCAGUGGAGGACUUUGAAGCCUCCUUCCAUUUCAUGCAGGACUGUGCCCAGUACUUCCUGGAAGUGAAGGACAAGGACAUUAAGCAUGCCCUGGCCGGCCUCUUUGUGGAGAUCCUAGUUCCUGUAGCGGCAGCUGUUAAGAACGAGGUGAACGUGCCGUGUCUAAGGAACUUUGUGGAGAGCCUGUAUGACACAACACUGGACCUCUCCUCCAGGAAAAAACACUCUCUGGCUCUCUACCCGUUGGUGACCUGUCUGCUGUGUGUCAGCCAGAAGCAUUUCUUCCUCAACAAAUGGACUGUCUUCCUCAACAACUGCCUCUCCAACAUCAAGAGUAAGGACCCCAAGAUGGCGCGUGUUGCCCUGGAGUCUCUUUACCGUCUUCUGUGGGUCUACAUGAUCAGGAUCAAGUGUGAGAGCAACACUGCUACGCAAGGGCGUCUCAACACCAUCAUUACAACACUCUUCCCCAAGGGCUCUCGCAGUGUGGUGCCCAGAGAUAUGCCCCUCAACAUCUUUGUCAAAAUGAUCCAGUUUAUUGCACAGGAACGACUGGACUUUGCCAUGAAAGAGAUCAUCUUUGACCUUAUGUGUGUUGGGAAACCAGCCAAAGCCUUUAGUCUUAACCCAGAGAGAAUGAAUAUAGGUCUGAGAGCAUUCCUGGUGAUAGCUGACAAGCUCCAGCAGAAGGAUGGGGAGCCACCCAUGCCCAACACGGGAGCCACGCUGCCUUCGGGCAACACACUCAGGGUAAAGAAGACUUACCUGAGCAAAACACUGACUGAUGAUGAAGCCAAGGUCAUAGGUAUGUCCCUGUACUACUCCCAGGUGAGGAAGGCCAUAGACAAUAGCCUGAGACACCUGGACAAGGAGGUGGGCCGAUGCUUGAUGAUGACCAACGUCCAGAUGCUCAACAAAGAGCCUGAGGACAUGAUCACAGGAGAGAGGAAGCCGAAGAUCGACAUGUUCAGGACGUGUGUGGCGGCCAUCCCUCGCAUCCUGCCAGACGGCAUGUCCAAGCCCGAACUCAUAGACCUGCUAUCUCGGUUGACGAUUCACAUGGACGACGAGCUACGCCUCAUAGCCCAGAACUCCCUCCAGAGUUUACUGGUAGACCUCCCUGAGUGGCGUGAUGACGUCCUGUUUGGCUUUACCAAUUUCCUGUUGCGGGAGGUUCAGGACAGCCACCAGGCCCUACUGGACAACUCUCUCCGGCUGCUGCUCCAGCUGUUGACCCAGUGGAGACUGGCUCUGUCAGCCCCAGAGAAGUGCUGCGACACAUCAGAGUUGGGCUCCAGCCAACGCGUGUUGGUGGAACACGGACCCCACUCCACAGUGCUGCACGCCAUGGAGGGCCUGGCCUUGCUCCUGCUCUGCUCCUGUCAGCUCACAACGCGCAAACUGGCCAUGUCAAUCCUCCGGGAGAUACGCUGCCUGUUCCUUGCCAUUGGACAGACUGAGGAUGAUGACAAACCCAUGAUAGAGGUCAUGGACCAACUGAGCCUGGCGGUUCUGGAAAGCUUUGUUCAUGUGGCAGCGUCAGAUACGGCCACUCUUCCGUUGGGCCACCAAGUGGACCUGCAAUGGCUGCUUGAGUGGAACUCCAUGCUGGUCAACAGCCACUAUGACAUCCGGAGCCCGUCCCACGUGUGGAUCUUUGCCCAGUCGGUCAAGGACCCCUGGGUGCUCUGUCUCUACAGCCUGCUGCGCCAGGACCACCUGCCCAAACACUGCCCCACUGCCCUUAGCUACACCUGGUCCUACGUCUUCACACGCAUGCAGCUGCUCAUGCCCCUGGUGGACACCACUAACCCAGUAUACACUAAGAAGACCAGCAGCACGUCGGGUGGUGGAGACAGCUACGUGACCCUGUGGAGGAACUACCUGAUCCUGUGUUUUGGAGUGGCCAAGCCUAGCAUCAUGAGCCCUGGCCAACUGAGAGCCUACACCCCUGAGAUCACAGCCACUACACCUGAUGGCAGCAUCAACUACGACAACAAGGUGAUUUGGACCCCCUCAGUAGCAUGGCUCCUGAAGCAGCUGGUCCCUCUAAUGAGAACAGAGAGCAUCGAGCUGACAGAGUCCUUGGUGCUAGGCUUUGGACGCACCAACUCCCUGGUCUUCAGGGAGCUGGUAGAGGAGCUGCAUCCUUUAAUGAAGGAAGCUUUGGAGAGAAGACCAGAGAACAAGAAGCGCCGUGAGCGGAGAGACCUCCUGAGGCUGCAGCUUCUGAGGAUAUUUGAGCUACUGGCUGACUCUGGUGUCAUCAGUGAUAGCACCAACGGGGCUCUGGAGCGGGAUACGUUGGCCCUGGGAGCUCUGUUCCUAGAGUACGUGGACCUGACGCGGAUGCUUCUGGAGGCGGAGAAUGACAAAGAGCUAGAGAUCCUCAAGGACAUCCGAGCUCACUUCAGUGCCAUGGUGGCCAACCUCAUCCAGUGUGUUCCCGUCCACCACCGACGCUUCCUCUUCCCGCAGCAGAGCCUAAGGCACCACCUCUUCAUCCUGUUCAGCCAAUGGGCUGGUCCCUUCAGCGUCAUGUUCACGCCUCUCGAUCGUUACAGUGACAGGAACCACCAGAUCACCAGAUACCAGUACUGCGCCCUCAAGGCCAUGUCUGCGGUGUUGUGCUGUGGACCUGUGUUCGACAACGUUGGACUGUCCCCAGACGGAUACCUCUAUAAGUGGCUGGAUAACAUUCUAGCCUGCCAGGACCUACAGGUUCGCCAGCUGGGCUGUGAGGUAGUUAUUCUGCUGCUGGAGUUGAAUGCUGACCAGGUCAACCUGUUUAACUGGGCGGUCGACCGCUGCUUCACCGGCUCCUACCAACUGGCCUCUGGCUGUUUCAAGGCCAUCACCACCAUCUGUGGCAGCAGAAACUAUCCCUGUGACAUCGUGACUUUGUUGAAUUUGGUGCUCUUCAAGGCAUCAGACACCAGCAGGGAAAUGUAUGAAAUCUCAAUGCAGCUAAUGCAGAUUCUGGAGGCAAAGCUGCUUGUGUAUUCCAAGACGAUAGCAGACCAGAAGCCCAGUAGUAUCCUGGAUAGGACCCACAGACCUCUGCCUCCCCUCUACAACGUCUCUCUAGCCCAGCUCUCACAGCAACUGGCUAGGAUGUACCCCGAACUCACUCUGCCUCUCUUCUCAGAGGUUAGCCAGCGUUUCCCUACCACUCACCCCAACGGCCGUCAGAUCAUGCUGACCUACCUGCUGCCCUGGCUCUCUAACAUCGAGCUGAUGGACAGCUGCCUGCUGCCACCGGUCUCCAGCCCUGAGGAGGAGACCCCGGACCGGACCGGCACCACCGCGGGACAAGUCCCCCAACACACCCUAAGGGGAAUGGGCUGGGGCUCGCUUUUGGCCACCUCGCUGGUCCUUAACAACCUCAUGUUCAUGACCGCCAAGUACGGUGAUGACGUUCCAGGACCAGAGAUGGAGAAUGUCUGGAACGCUCUGGCCAGCAACGACAGGUGGACCAACAAUCUGAGGACUACCCUGCAGUUCCUCAUCAGUCUGUGUGGAGUGAGCAGCGACACUUCUCUGCUGCCUUAUAUCAAGAAGGUGGUGAUCUACCUGUGUCGUAACAACACCAUUCAGACCAUGGAGGAGCUGUUGUUUGAGCUGCAGCAGACAGACCCGGUCAACCCUGUGGUACAGCACUGUGACAACCCACCUUUCUACUGCUUCGCUGCCACCAGCAAGACCUCCACCGCCACCUCAGGUACAACAUCCAGUAGCAACACUGUAGUUGCUGGCCAAGAGAGUUUCCCUGACGCAGGUGACAUUAAAGCAGCCAAAGAGAACGAAGAGAGGUUGAGUAACAUCAUGAGGCACCACAACUGCCUGGAAUCCCGAUACAGCAACAGUUCUGGAGGCUCCUACGAGGAGGAGAAGAGUGAGCCCCUUCCGCCGUACACUGGUUGGCUGAUGAGCGUUGUGGAGACCAAUCAGCCACUCCCUUUGCCUAUGCCUGUCAACGGAGGCUGCUGGGCUCCCCUUGUGGACUACCUCCCUGAAACCAUCACUCCUAAGGGACCUCUACACAGGUUUAACAUCGCGGUGAUCUUCAUGACCGAGAUGGUGGUUGACCACGGUGUGAGAGAAGACUGGGCCUUGCACCUACCACUGCUGCUACACGCCCUCUUUCUGGGCAUGGAUCACUACCGUCCCGAGGUGUUUGAGCACAGCAAGCGUCUCCUCCUGCACCUACUCAUCACGCUGUCCUGCAACCGCAACUUCCAGAAAAUCGCCUCCGUCCUGCUGCAGACACGAGAGGUCAAUAGCAGCAAGACCUUGACCAGCAAGUCAAGCUACCAGCCUGAAUACUUCACUACUACAGGUGGGAUGGACUUCCUGCGAGAGGGCCAGGCAUCCCCAGUACCAGACUCUGGCCUCAGCUCCUCGUCCACCUCUUCCAGCCUCAGCCUGGGAGGCAGCACCUCCAACCUGCCCCAUAUCUCCUCCCAGGAGGCGGAGGAGCUGAAGAGCCCCUCAGAGACAGACGAGAAGACCAACAAGCUGAUUGAGUUCCUCACCACCAGGGCCUGUGGCCCCAUGUGGUGUCACGAAGCUAUCUCACCCAAGAACCAGACCUCAAAAAGCACUGAGCAGCUUGUCAACUUUCUGCGUUAUGUGGUGUCGGUGUUCAAAGAGUCCAAAUCAGACUUCCACCUGGAGCAGCAGUUGAGUGACAUAGCUCUGCAGAUGGGUCUGUGUAGCUUGUCACGCCACUACGCCGGGAGGUCCUUCCAGGUGGUUCGGGGGCUGCGGCAGCCGCUCUCGGCCCACGCCGUGUUCGACCUGCUCUCGCGACUGGUGGAGGUGGUGGGGGAGCACGGGGAGGAAGUACAGGGUUAUGUUAUGGAAGUGUUGCUCACCUUAGAGUCUGUGGUGGACAACCUGGCUGAAUGUCUCAAGAACAAUGACCUAAUGGCUAUCCUGAACAGGGCAUCCUCCCCAGACUUCCUUACCAGCGGGAAGCUGGUGUCCAACAGGAAGAGCACGGGGCAGCUGAACCUGUUCCAGCAGGGUGUGGGGACAGCCGAGCGCAGCCGUCACCAGAGGAGCUACUCCGUCCCCAAGAGGUUUGGUGAGGCUGACCGCUCAUCCGACCCUCCUCGCAGCGCUACACUGGACCGCGUCCAGGCCUGCACCCAGCAGGGAGGGCUGACCAAGAACCGCAAUCCGUCCUCUUCCAAAGAGCCCCUGAGUGACCCAGCCAACGUCAACCACCCGUCCAACCUGCUGGCCACCAUCUUCUGGGUUGCUGUGUCCCUGAUGGAGUCAGACUUUGAGUUUGAGUACCAGAUGUCCCUGCGGCUGCUCCUCAAGCUGUUGGCCCACGUGGCCCUGGACAAGCAGGAGAACAGGGAGCGGCUGGAGAAGCUGCAGGGCCAGCUGAGGUGGAGUGGCUUCGCCGGACUCCAGCAGCUGCUCCUCAAGGGCUUCACGUCCACUUCCACCACCGACCUCACCCUGCACAUCUUCUGCCAGCUCACGCCUGUCUCGCGGGUGCCCGUGGUGGACACCUCACAAGCCAUAGGUUUUCCUCUGAACGUUCUCUGUCUGCUGCCACAUCUGGUCCAGAACUUCGACGGCCCAUCCCAGUUCUGUAAAGACGUGGCGCAGAGAAUAGCUCAGGUAUGCUUAGAGGAGAAGAAUUCGAAACUGUCCAACUUGGCCCAUGUGAUGACCCUGUACAAAACACACUCGUACACCCGGAACUGCUUCUCCUGGGUCAACGUCGUCUGUCGCUAUCUCCACGAGGCCUUCUCCGAGAUCACCCUCAACAUGGUCACUUACAUGGCCGAGUUGUUGGAGAAGGGUCUACCCAGCAUGCAGCAAACCUUGCUCCAGAUCAUCUACAGCCUGCUGAGUCACAUGGACCUGUCAGUCAUUCAGGCCAAGCCAUUCAAUAUGGAGGUCCUCAAGACCAUCGAGAAGUUUGUCCAGACGGCCCACUGGAGGGAAGCCCUGAACAUCCUGAAGCUAGUGGUGUCCCGGUCGGCUAGCCUGGUGCAGCCAACGUCCCCCCACAGCGAGCUGGCCCACCUGGACCUCCAGGUGUGGGAGCGCUCCUCCAAAGCCCUGCCCGGGAAAACACUGGACUUUACCUUUGACAUCUCUGAGACCCCAGUGAUUGGCAGGAGGUAUGAGGAGCUGCAAGGUUCUCCAGGCCGGGAGGGGAAAAGUCGGGCCAUCGCUGUGACCUGCAGCACCUCCUCCACCUCCUCGGGCUCCACCUCCAACAACGUCCUGGUUCCAGUCAGCUGGAAAAUACCCCAGUCCUCUCAGAAGAGGACACGGGAGAAGCUGGUGAAUGUGUUGUGUCUGUGUGGACAGGGAUUGGGGCUCACCAAAAAUCCUUCGGUGAUCUUCUCCAGCUGUGGCGAGCUGGACCUGAUGGAUCUGCAGCCCAGCCUGGUGUCAUCUGAGGAGGGGACUCAGGAGCAGGACAACAACAUGGAUGACACCACGUCCGAGCAACAAUUCAGAGUCUUCAGAGACUUUGACUUCCUGGACGUGGAGCUAGAGGAAGGAGAGGGGGAGACAAUGGACAGCUUCAAUUGGGGGGUGCGGAGACGCUCCAUGGAUAGCCUGGACAGGAGUGACAUGGUGCCCCUGGAUGCCAGUGAGCUGUCCAGCAGCACACCCAGCCUAGGCCAGUUCAUCCACCAGGACUCAGAGGAAUCCUCAGAGGAAGAAUCCAUCACCGUCAGCCAGAUCCUCUCUCACUCCCAGGUGAUUGUGAAUCUCUCCCCCACCGAGGAGGUCAAUCAACUGGACUCUCUGUACACCUCCGGUGACAACUCAUCCACUGACCCUCCUCUUCCCCCUCUGCACACCCGAACGUCCAGUUUCGAGAUCUCGCUGGCAGAGAAUUCAAUGUCGAGGGCUGAGGUAUCAGUAGAAGACGAGGACACGAACAUCCAUGAGGAUGACCUGUCCAUCAGUGACCUCCUGCCAGGGUUUGACUGCAGCGGCGACAGCUUCAGCCUGGAAAAUCUGGCUCCGGGAGACGACCGAGGAGAACUGGACCUGGACUUCAGCGCACUGCCCAGUCUCGGCGAGGAGGAGAGAGACGAGCUGAUGGAGUCUCGUUCUUCCCUUCCUCCGUCACCCUUCUUCUCGGCCAUCCUGGCGGCGUUCCAGCCGGCAGUGUGCGAUGACGCCGACGAGGCGUGGCGGAGGCACAUCAACCAGCUGGUGUCCGACUCAGACGGCUCCUGCGCCAUCUACACCUUCCAAGUCUUCUCCUCCUUCUUCCAGAGUAUUCAGAGCAAGUUCUGCUCCCUAACCUGUGAUGCUGCGGGUUACCUAGGAGAUGGCCUGCGAGGGAUAGGUUCCAAGUUCCUCAGGUCGUCCCAGAUGCUGACAUCAUGCUCCGAGUGUCCUACGCUGUUCAUAGACGCUGACACCAUCAUCUCCUAUGGGCUCCUGGAGAAGAUUAAAUUUAGUGUACUGGAACUCCAAGAAUAUCUGGACACUUACAACAGCAGGAAAGAAGCAGCCAUAGCUUGGUUAACCAGCUGCAAGGCCACCUUCCCCAUAGGCAGUGGGGGUGUCAUGAUUACCAACCAGCCGGGGGAAUACGAGGAAAAGCAACUGGAGCUGUGUCAACGACUCUACAAGCUCCACUUUCAGCUGCUGCUGCUCUUUCAGUCCUACUGUAAGCUGAUUGGGCAGGUCCAUUUUAUCAGCUCUGUCCCAGAGCUGAUGAAUAUGUCCAAAGAGCUGAAUGAACUGAAGGGCAGUCUGCGGGCUGCAGCAGCCUCCGUGACCUCCAGUGACCUCCAGGCUGCCCAGGAGACAUCCUCCUCCUCUGAGCCCACCUUCCUCUCCUCUGAGGCGGCUGUACAAGCCAUCCUGGAAGCUCUGAAGAACCACGAGUUCACCACAGCCAUCCGCUACAUCCGCGAGUGCAGGAGGGUGUGGCCCAGUGACAUUUUCGGCAGCAGCUCUGAGGACGAGACACAGACGUUGCUGAACAUCUACUUCAGAUACCAGACGCUGGGCCAGAUGGGCACCUUUGCACUGGUGGGCUCCAAGCAGGACCUCUCGGAGAUCUGCGUCAAGCUGAUGGAGCUCAACGGGGAGAUCAGGGACAUGAUACGCCGGGCCCAGGGCUACCGAGCCUUUACCACCUUUCUCCCAGACUCCGGUGUGUCUGGCUCCAGUCUCUGACACUCAGGAGGAAUGCUGUGCCUGACUCCAGGCCCCAGUCCCAGCCCAAACUGAGCCCCCAGCCUUAGCACCAGUUCACUGCCCUGCUCUAGCCCCAACACCAGCCCUAUACAUUAGCCCCAGCCUUUGCCCCAGCUCACUGCACUGCCUCAGCCCCGAAAUACGGCCUAGCCCUAGCCGCAGGUCACUGACCUGCCUCAGCCCUAUACCCCCAUCAUGAUCUCAGCUACAGCCUCCAUCCUCAGCCCCUGUCCUGUGCGCUGCUCCAGCCCUCCAACCUAAUCCUACCCUGGGUAUGCUGCUAUGGUUACCGUGGUCACAGCAAGCUCUCUCCUUGUGUCCCUUCUCAGAGCAGGGGGCCCUAAGGAUGUACCACUAUUCAGCUCGCCAUAUGUGCAGCAAUACUGUGGGAGUGAAAGUGACGAAGCACAACUUUGCUCUUAGAAACAAACAUGAGCUUUUAUUGCACUAAUAUUUCUGGAUAACAUCACACAGCGGCCACUUGCUACUGAGUUCAAUGGCUUUCACGUCUAACAGAAGACAUACCAAAGUUACAAUUAACUUUUUCUUCUGCUGAGUAUCUGUUAUUUUACAUUUUUAAGGGAAAAUGUGCAAUGCUUUACAGAAGUGAAAGACUUCUGUGAAGACUACUGUAUCAUGAAAAAAUGUGUUUUUUAUUUUAUUUUAGUGCUUUUCACUACUUGAAUAUUAUGGAUUGCAGGCAAAAUUAUGCUGAAUAUUUUUAAAUAGAGAGCCUGUGUGUUUAUGUGAAACUGACUGUAACCAGACUAUACAAUCCAUUAACACUGCAAAGCACAGACAUACGGUAUAUACAUAUAUCUAUCGGAUUGUAUUUAGACCCCUUUUUCCACAUUUUGUUGUUACAGCCUUCUAAAAUGUAUUGCAUUGAUUUUUUUUCCCUCAUCAAUCUACACACAAUACCCCAUAAUGUCAAAGCAAAAACAGGCUUUUAGAAAUGCUAAUUACUUUUUUUUUAAACCCUGAAAUUUCACAUUUACAUAAGUAUUCAGACCCUUUACUCAGUACUUUGUUGAAGCACCUUUGGCAGCAAUUAAAACCUUGGGUCUUCUUGGGUAUGAUGCUACAAGCUUGGCACACCUGUAUUUUGGGAGUUUCUCCCAUUCUUCCCUGCAGAUCCUCUCAAACUCUGUCAGGAUGGAUGGGGAGUGUUGCUGCACAGCUAUUUUCAGGUCUCUCCAGAGAUGUUUGAUCGGGUUCAAGUCCAGGCUCUGGCUGGGCCACUAUAGGACAUUCAGAGACGUGUCCCGAAGCCACUCUUGCUUUGUCUUGGCUGUGUGCUUAGGGUCGUUGUCCUGUUGGAAGGUGAACCUACUCCCCAGUCUGAGGUCCUAAGCGCUCUGGAGCAGGUUUUCAUCAAGGGUCUCUCUGUCUUUGCUCCGUUCAUCUUUCCCUCGAUCCUGACUAAUCUCCCAGUCCCUGCGGAUGAAAAACAUCCCCACCGCAUGAUGCUGUCAUCACCAUGCUUCAUCGUAGGGAAGGUGCCAGGUUUCCUCCAGACGUGUUGCUUGGCAUUCAGGCCAAAGAUUUCAAUCUUGGUUUCAUCAGACGUCUUUAGGUGCAAACUCCAAGCUGGCUGUCCUGUGCCUUUUACUGAGGAGUGGCUUCCGUCUGGCCACUCUACCAUAAAGGCCUGAUUGGUGGAGUGUUGCAGAGAUGGUUGUCCUUCUGGAAGGUUCUCCCAUCUCCGCAGAGGAACUCUCAAGCUCUGUCAGAGUGACCAUCAGGUUCUUGGUCACCUCCCUGAUCAAGGCCCUCCUCCCCGAUUAUUCAGUUUGGCCAGUUUGGUAACCUUCCCCAGACCUGUGCCUCAAAACAAUCCUGUCUCAGAGCUCUAUGGACAAUUCCUUUGACCUCAUGGCUUGGUUUUUGCUCUGACAUGCAAUGUCCACUGUGGGACCUUAUAUAGACAGGUGUGUGACUUUCCAAAUCAUGUCCAAUCAAUUGAAUUUACCACAGGUGGACUCCAAUCAAGUUGUAGAAACAUCUCAAGGAUGAUUUAUUUUUUUAUUUCACCUUUAUUUAACCAGGUAAGCUAGUUGAGAACAAGUUCUCAUUUGCAACUGCGACCUGGCCAAGAUAAAGCAUAGCAGUUCGACACAUACAACAACACAGAGUUACACAUGGAAUGAACAAAACAUACAGUCAAUAAUACAGUAGAAAAAAAAGAAAAAAAGUCUAUAUACAGUGAGUGCAAAUUAGGUCAAAUAAGGGAGUUAAGGCAAUAAAUAGGCCAUGGUGACGAAGUAAUUACAAUAUGGCAAUUAAACACUGGAAUGGUAGAUGUGCAAAAGAUGGAUGUGCAAGUAAAGAUACUGUGGUGCAAAAGGAGCAAAAUAAAUAAAUACAGUAUGGGGGUGAGGUAGAUGGAUGGGCUGUAUACAGAUGGGCUAUGAACAGGUGCAGUGAUCUGUGAGCUGCUCUGACAGCUGGUUCUUAAAGCCAGUGAGGGAGAUGGGAAUCUCCAGCUUCAGUGAUUUUUGCAGUUUGUUCCAGUCAGUGGCAGCAGAGAACUGGAAGGAAAGGAGGAAUUGGCUUUGGGGGUGACGAGUGACUCAUAGCACGCACUCCAGCAGGUAUGAGUGGGUGCUGCUAUGGUGACCAGCGAGCUGAGAUAGGGUGGGGCUUUACCUAGCAGAGGCUUGUAGAUAACCUGUAGCCAGUGGGUUUGGCAACGAGUAUGAAGCGAGGGCGAGCGUACAGGUCGCAGUGAUGGGUAGUAUAUGGGGCUUUGGUGACAAAACGGAUGGCACUGUGAUAGACUACAUCCAGUUUGCUGAGUAGAGUGUUGGAGGCUAUCAGCGAAUCACCAGCAGCAAGAGCGACAUCAUUGAUGUCUACAGAGAAGAGAGUCGGCUCGAGAAUUGAACCCUGUGGCACCCCCAUAGAGACUGCCAGAGGUCAGGACAACAGGCCCUCCGAUUUGACACACUGAGCUUUAUCAGAAAAGUAGUUGGUGAACCAGGCGAGGCAAUCAUUUGAGAAACCAAGGCGGAGUCUGCCAAUAAGAAUGUGGUGAUUGACAGAGUCGAAAGCCUUGGCCAGGUCGAUGAAUACAGCUGCACAGUAAUGUCUCUUAUCGAUGGCGGUUAUGAUAUCGUUAAGGACCUUGAGCGUGGCUGAGGUGCACCCAUGACCAGCUCGGAAACCAGAUUGCAUAGCGGAGAAGGUACGAUGUGAUUCAAAAUGGUCAGUAAUCUGUUUGUUAACUUAGCUUUCGAAGACCUUAGAGAUGCAGGGUAGGAUAUAUAUAUAUAUAUAUAUAUAUAUAUCUGUAGCAGUUUGGGUCUCCCCCUUUGAAGAGGGGGAUGACCGCGGCAGCUUUCCAAUCUUUGGGAAUCUCAGACGAUACGAAAGAGAGGUUGAACAGGCUAGUAAUAGGGGUUACAACAAUUUCGGCAGAUAAUUUUAGAAAGAGAGGGUCCAGAUUGUCCAGACCGGCUGAUUUGUAGGGGUCCAGAUUUUGCAGCUCAUGAUCAAUGAAAACAGGAUGCACCUGAACUCAAUUUUGAGCCUAAUAGCAAAGGGUCUGAAUACUUAUGUAAGGUUUUUAAUAUAUUUUAUUUUUAAUACAUUUGCAAACAUUUCUAAAAACCUGUUUUCACUUUGUCAUUAUGGGAUAUUGUCUGUAGAUUGCUGAGGAUUUUUUUUAUUUCAUACAUUUAGUAUAAUGCUGUAACGUAACACAAAUGUGGAAAAAGUCUAGGUGUCUGAAUACUUUCCGCAAGGCAGUGUAGAUACACGCUCAACUACUCUGAUAUGCUGCAGAUCUACUGUCUCGAGGACCUAGAUACCGCUUUGGGCUAGCUAUUACUUAAAAUAUUUACAAAUGUUACCUUUCUAUGCUAUAGCUAUUUUGCUUAAAUGAGAAUUAUAUUUACAUGAAAUGAAUAUGCUUUGAACUGACUAGUUUUUAUAGAAAGAGAAUAAGAACAUUUAUUUUGUCUGUUAAAACUGCCAAGCAUGCACAUUUUAUGUACUAUAAAGUGUAAUAGAAAUAUUUAUGAAUAUGAGAAACUAUUUUAACUCCGUUGCAUUUGUACUGUACAUAGUGCAAGUGGAGCUUUGCUCGUGCUUGUAAGAUUGUAUUUUCAUGUUUUAAAUUUAAUGUUGGACUAUGCAUGUAACUGAAUAUUUGUAAAGCUUCUGUAGGGACUGUUUCACCUGUAAAUACUACUGCUUUUGUGAUGUAUACUGUACUUGUGU